CGCACCAUUACCUCCCCUUCUCCAUCGAUCAUUUUCUUCUCCCCUUCAAAUCACAUCCUUCAACUUCUUCUCUGCAAAUCAGAUUAAUGAUGCCAGAGCUGUGACGGUGAUGGUGAUGCUCAAAGGUGAAAUGGUGGCCCUAAAAUUGACACUUGCGGCGUAGAUUGGGCGGCUGUGACGGGCUGGGAACGGUGGUGGCCGGCAGCAGCCGAUAGCGACUGAGGUUCGGCGAUGAUGGAUGGUGAUGCCGGUGUGGGGGAGGUGGAGGCGAGCAGCAUUACAGAUGAUAGUGACACAGGGCACCAGGGAGGGUAGCUGGAGAUCUACGCAAAUAUUACUUGGACUCUUCAUUCUUCAAUGUUUGUUCAAUUUUAAGUGCAGCACCGGCUAUGUGAUAUAUAAGAAGGUCAAGAUACGUCAUACACUACUGUUAAAGGUGAUGGUUGACCACAUAGCAAGGGCUGUAUCAAAUAUGUACAAAUCCCUGGCAGUAGCUUAGACACCAUUCAGUGUCUUCCCUAACAUCAACAGAUAUUUUGAUUUACACACUGGAAUUCUUAUUACCAUUUGAUAAUGUACUCCGUAUCACUUAAUUGGCUUAUUGUGACAAAUUAUCCCUUAUUCUGUUGUAAAGCUGUUUCGUGGGAGGAAGAAGGGCUCCACUAUAGAAGAGCCAUGGAUCUCGUAUUGUGCUCAGUUUAUGCUAAAGAGAGCUUCAGAACAGAGAGGUAGCCUAGCGUCCUUUAGCAAGAAUCUUUAUCCAUCUGGUGCAAUGGAGCUUUUGGGUCAUUUGGCCAGACUUUAUUCCGCCCUUCACAGAAGUUUGCUUUACUUUUAUGGCAUUGUUUCCUACGCCUUAAUCAUGAGGGGGCAGGGUGCGUUUUUAUAUCUGGAAGAAGUACUUGGACGAAGUGAGCAAGAAGAGAAUGAGACAUAUGGGGGAAGUGGUCGUUCAGGAAGCUGCAAAGCAUCAUCUAUUAAGGAGUUAGAGACCCUGAUUUUAACUCUGUGAAGUGAUUUACAGUGUUGAAAUGGUUGUGCAGAAUGAAGCAAAAUCCAAGCCAUACUAGCUGGAAGACAAUGUGUCAUGUGUUGUAAUAUUUUUGUUCCUACUAUUAUACUAUUAUUUUAUACUUUAAUAUAUAAAGUAUAUAUUAAGUAGAUGUAGAAUGUAUGUAUUAAGUGGAUAUAAUAAUUGUAUAAGAAUUAAAUAUUAGAGUAUAAUGGAGAAUUGGAGAUUGGAAAAUAAGAAAAUAA